GCCACGGGCGCCAGCGACGGGCUCGGCCGGCGCUCCUACGCACGCGCACUGCGCCCAGCAUGAGGGUGGCGGCUCUGAUCAGCGGCGGGAAGGACAGCUGUUAUAAUAUGAUGCAGUGCGUUGCCGCUGGGCACCAGAUUGUUGCUUUAGCAAAUUUAAGACCAGCUGAAAAUCAAGUUGGGACAGAUGAACUGGAUAGCUACAUGUACCAGACGGUGGGUCAUCAUGCCAUUGACUUGUAUGCUGAAGCCAUGGCUCUUCCUCUCUACCGCCGAACUAUAAGAGGAAAGAGUGUGGAUACUGGACGAGUGUACACCAAGUGUGAAGGGGAUGAAGUUGAGGACCUUUAUGAGCUUUUGAAACUUGUUAAGGAAAAAGAAGAAGUAGAGGGGAUAUCAGUAGGUGCUAUCCUUUCUGACUAUCAGCGUGUGCGAGUGGAAAAUGUGUGUAAAAGACUUAAUCUCCAGACUCUAGCCUACCUUUGGCAGAGAAACCAGAAAGAUUUGCUCCGAGAGAUGCUAGCAUCUGACAUUCAAGCGGUGAUCAUCAAAGUAGCAGCUCUGGGUUUAGAUCCAGAUAAGCAUCUUGGAAAAACCCUGCAUCAAAUGGAGCCUUAUCUUUUAGAGCUUUCUGAGAAGUAUGGGGUCCAUGUUUGUGGAGAAGGUGGAGAAUAUGAAACAUUCACUUUGGAUUGCCCUCUAUUUAAGAAGAAAAUAAUUGUGGAUUCGUCUGAAGUAGUCAUGCAUUCAGCUGAUGCCUUUGCACCUGUAGCAUAUCUGCGCUUUUUAGAAAUGCACUUGGAGGAUAAGGGGUUACCGGUGGCUGACAACAAUCGAACAUCUAAUUUGAUAUAUAAUUCUUGAAAAGCAUGUUGCACGUAGUUUAUUAAAUUAUAAUUCAUUAAGAUA